UAAAUGAUGUUGUAAGGCCUAUAUGGCUUGCCGUAGCCUACAGCUAAUUUACUAACCUACCCGAAUUACUAGCUAAAAUGAGGUUCCGAUUUUGUGGAGAUCUCGACUGUCCAGAUUGGGUCCUUGCCGAAAUUAGCACCCUGGCAAGAAUAUCAAGCGUCAAGAUGAAACUUCUGUGUGUGCAAGUCAUCAAAUAUCUGCUCGAUGAAGGCAUCGAUUAUGACAAAAUUUCAAAACUAACGUCAGAUGCCAAAUUUGAGAGUGGAGACGUUAAGGCCAGUAUAGCAGUGCUGAGCUUUAUUCUGUCCAAUGCUGCAAAGCAUGAUGUAGACAGUGAAUCUCUCUCAAGUGAACUACAGCAGCUUGGCUUGCCUAAAGAGCACACUACAGGAUUGUGUAAGUCGUAUGAGGAUAAGCACAACGCCCUACAGGAAAAGCUGAGGGAGAGCAGCCUACGAUUGGGUCGUCUGGAAGCUGUGAAUUGGAGGGUGGAUUACACUCUGAGCUCAAGUGAGCUAAAGGAAGUGAAUGAGCCCACAGUGCAGCUCAGGCUUCAGGCUCGAAACCCCGAGACAGACUCCAGAGAGACCACUGUUGUCUCAGUCACUGCUGACAAGUUCAGAGUACUGUUAACAGAACUCAAGCAAGCACAGGUUAUGAUGAAUGCUCUACAGUAAUCCAGUCAUCUUUUGUUGGAUGUUUUUCUUGGAAUACGCACGUUUAUGCAUAUGCACAUAUACAUUGAAUCCAUCUGUUUUUAAAUAUGAAAGUGUUGCACAGAAAAAUUAAAAUGUGCCACUUUGUACCAAUACGUUGCAAUAUACAAAAUGCUUUUGUAGUCAACAGAUGGCUAUUUUGUUCAGGGUUUGGUCUUCACUCCCUGGUAAGUUAAAUGCUGUUGAUCAAAUUGAGUAUCGAUUGGAUGUGUGGUGACAGGGUGGGUAUUAUUCGAAACAGCUUUUCCUCAGCGCUUCUCGUCUGAAAAUAAGGACCUCCAUUUGCUUGGUCUGGCCUUUGUAUACUCCAUGCUGUUUAAAUGGCAAAAGGCUGUUAUUAAAACCGGAGUUAUUCUAAAUCAGAUUUAGAUGUUUUUAUCCACAUCCGGUCUGGACCAGAAGUCACUAGAGAAUAAUUUUUCACUUGCUGCCUAGUGUGAACGAGAGAUGUUUAUUUCACUUCAUUGAUUUUCCUUCAUAACGUUGAUCUUGUAUUGAUUUUUGUUUAAUGAAAUUGUCUUUUUAACAUUGUUUGUUGCUCAAUAAAAAUAAAUUAAC